AAGGGGUAACAUGUAAAACAAGAAGCAGAACAACACAAAAUCUGCUUGGCUUAGGACAGGGAGUCCGGGACACGAGUGAUCCGGUAUUCGGUUAGGGAGAAAACAGAGCCUCCCAAUCGCGCCCUUGGUUUCCAGUUUCCCUCGCCACGACAAAAGCUUUCUGUCAAGCCUCUCUGCGGUUCGUUACUUCUGGAUCUCACACUUCGCCUUCCGCUGAGAUCUCUGGUCAGUGAUUUGGAUUCCAAUUAUGAUGGCGAAGGCAGAUUCUGAACAAAAGCUCUAUACAAGGAUGCGGCUUUGGGAAUUUCCAGACCAGUACAUUGUUGAGCCCACUAAUGGCUCUUCUGGUUCCUGUUUGGCAAUCAGUAGAGAGGAUGGGUCAAUGAAACUGAUUGAUGAGCUUCAGCAAUCCAACUCUGUUCAGGUUCCUAAAAUUAGGACAAUUUUUGGUGUAAUUGGGAUGCUAAAGCUCUUGGCAGGAUCAUAUUUAUUAGUUAUAACAGAACGUGAAUGUGUUGGGUCUUACUUGGGGCAUCCUAUCUUCAAAGUUUCAUCCCUGAAGGUUCUUCCAUGUGAUCAUUCUCUCAAAAAUUCCACUGCAGAACAGAAAAAGAUGGAGGGUGAGUUUUCUGGCCUUAUAAAUGUAGCAGAGAGGGCUUCUGGUCUGUUUUUUUCGUAUGACACAAAUUUAACUCUGAGUGCACAACGAUUGCAUGAUUUGGGUGAUGAGUCCAAGCUACUUCCUCUUUGGAGACAGGCAGACCCUAGAUUUCUCUGGAACAACUAUAUGUUGGAAGUUCUCAUCGAUAACAAGCUUGAUCCAUACUUGCUUCCUGUCAUCCAAGGGAGUUUUCAGUACUUUCAAGCAGCCAUUGGAAAAGAUAUUAUUGAUGUUACCUUGAUUGCACGAAGAUGCACUAGGAGAACUGGCACUCGGAUGUGGAGGAGGGGAGCUGAUUCUGAUGGGUAUGUUGCAAAUUUUGUGGAAAGUGAGCAAAUUGUACAGUUGAAUGGAUACACAGCAUCAUUCGUACAGGUUCGGGGGUCUAUUCCAUUACUUUGGGAGCAAAUUGUUGAUUUGACAUAUAAACCUAAGUUUGAGAUUGUGAAACUUGACGAAGCACCUCGAGUAGCUGAACGACAUUUUUUGGAUUUAAGAAAAAAAUAUGGGAGUGUUUUAGCUGUUGAUCUUGUCAAUCAGCAUGGAAGUGAAGGACGCUUAAGUGAAAAGUUUGCCAGUGCAAUGCAGCAUAUUGUUAAUGAUGAUGUAAGAUAUCUGCACUUUGAUUUUCAUCGAAUUUGUGGGCAUGUUCACUUUGAGCGCCUCUCCAUCCUUUAUGAUCAGAUUGUCGAUUUCCUCACCAAAAACAGGUACCUUUUGUUGAAUGAAAAAGGUGAGAAAGUUGAGGAACAACUCGGAGUUGUAAGGACCAACUGUAUUGAUUGCUUAGACCGUACAAAUGUUACCCAGAGCAUGAUUGGUCGAAAUAUGUUGGAAUGCCAACUUAGAAGACUCGGUGUUUUUGGUGGUGAUGAAACUAUUAGCUCACAUCCAAAUUUCGAUGAGAACUUCAAAAUUAUGUGGGCUAAUCAUGGUGAUGACAUUAGUAUCCAAUACUCUGGUACUCCAGCUUUGAAGGGAGAUUUUGUCAGGUGUGGCCAGCGGACAGUUCAAGGAAUUCUUAAAGAUGGUUGGAAUGCCCUCAUGCGUUAUUACCUGAAUAAUUUUCAUGAUGGGACAAAACAGGAUGCCAUUGAUCUCCUGCAAGGGCAUUACAUUGUUUCUGUCAACCGGGAUAUGACCCCCCCAUCCCAGAAAGGGGGCCUUGAAGCUAUUGCUUCAAUUCGGCUGGCACUAUCACUGGUCUUCACUGGCUUCUUUUUUGCGACCAUGUCACUGAGGCAAGUUGGAACCGAUGUACGCCACCUAUUAUUUGCGGUUAUGUGGGCGGCCCUGAGUUUAGUGAUAGCAACAUUUGUAAGGGCAAAUGGCCGGAUUUUCUGCAAUCGGCCUCGUCUGCACCAGCCUCGCCGUUGACUCAGUAUUUGGAAUGCCUUGGCCUGUGGAAUAUAUGCCAAAGGUUAUUAUAUUGAUUCUUUAAAUUGUUUCUGUUGUUGAUUCAGUUUUGAAUUGUUUAUUGGUUUUAUCUAAAAGAUCGAUGAUGGCAAUUUGUCUUGGGACUGCCAUCUCCGCUUGUACUAAUGGAAUUUUCUCCCACAAAAUUCAAGCUGAAAGGAAAACAGUAUGUAAAUUGACCUGUUUAAUCAAUACUUGGGCAAGUAAGUUUUAUUUUGAAUUUCAACAUUA